AUGCCGCGCAUCCGCCUGCAUCUGCUGCUCCUCCUCCCGGUAACCCUCACCGUCGUCCUCCUCCUCAUCCCCUCCUCCCCGCCCCAACCCCCGCCACACUCACCCAUCCCCUGCGGCGCCGCCCCCUCCGACGCCACCGCCGGCAGCUGGAUCCCGACCCCGGAGCCCUCGCCGCCGCCGCUCUACUCCCCGUCCUGUCCCUUCCACCGCAACGCCUGGAACUGCCUCCGCAACGGCCGCCCCCCCGUCGCCGCGCUCUCCUGGUCCCCCGCCCGCUGCGGCGGCGGCGUCGUGCCGAGGGUCGACCCCGCGGCGUUCCUGGCCGCGGCCAGGGGGCGCCGGAUCGGGCUCGUGGGAGACUCGCUGUCGGAGAACCUGGUCGUCGCGCUGCUCUGCGCGCUCCGGGCGGGCGACGCCGGCGCGCGCAGGUGGAAGCGGCGGGGCGCGUGGCGGGGCGGCUACUUCCCCCGGGAGGACGUCGUCGUCGCCUACCACCGCGCCGUUCUGCUCGCCAAGUACACGUGGCAGCCUGUAGAGAAUUCAAAAAUUCAGAAGGAUGGAAUCAAGGGAACUUACAGAGUUGAUGUUGACAUUCCUGCUGAUGAUUGGGUAAAUAUCACCAAGUUCUAUGACGUGCUCAUUUUCAACACCGGACACUGGUGGGGUCCGGAUAAAUUUCCAAAAGAGACUCCCCUUGUUUUCUACAAAGGGGGAAAACCUAUUGAGCCUCCACUCGACAUCUUCAAUGGACUAAAAGUAGUCCUCAAAAGUGUGGCCUCGUACAUUGAAAGGGAGGUCCCAAGUAAAACUCUGAAGCUGUGGCGCACACAGUCACCCAGGCACUUCGAUGGGGGCGAAUGGGAUCACAACGGCAGCUGCGUGUCAGAUAGGCUCCUAGAAAAACACGAGCUCGACUCUUGGUUCGAUCCAAGGUUCGGCGGAGUGAACAAAGAAGCGAGGCUAGUGAACUCGGUGAUCCAGGAAGUGCUAGUCAACACGGACAUCCAGCUGCUCAACCUGACCUACAUGAGCGAGUUCCGCGCCGAUGCCCACCCCGCCAUUUGGCUCGGGAAGAAGGACGCGGUGGCGGUCUGGGGCCAGGACUGCAUGCACUGGUGCCUGCCUGGCGUACCAGACACGUGGGUUGACAUCCUGGCCUCGCGGAUCUCGCACUACUUCAAACAGGGCAAAGGUUGAUGUUGUGUUCUGAAGCUUGGACAUUUAUACUGCCCUGCAAAUGUUCAUGUGGAACAAAGGGCAUCCAUAUACUGUGUAAUCUAGAUGUUCACCCGAGGGCAAAGGUGUGGAUGCAUGAGAUGAUUCACGGGAGGAGCAAGAUGACUCGUUGGUAUAUUGAUUUGAGAGGCAAUGCUAGUUUAGUCAGUUUAUUUUUCUGGAGGUAUUCAUCCCAGAAAAUUUGUACCAGCUGUAGUUUGCACUGGAGCCCUAACUAUUCAGAUGUGAAAGUUAACUGUAACUUUCUGUAAGUACAGUUCCAUUGUGAUUUCAGAGUGAAGAAAUGGUUCACAGCUGCAACUUUCUGUAAA